AUGACUGCAGACAUUAGCGACACCCCCGCACAACAGUUCCUCCCCAGCGAUGCCUUGGACAUCAUGACCUUUAGUCAGAUCAUAGAGAUGGACGACGCCGACGAUCAUGAAUUCAGUGUGUCCAUUAUCUUCGGUUUCUUUGACCAGGUUGAGGAGACUCUGCAAGAUCUGGACAAAGCACUUGAGGAGCGCAACAUGGACGAAAUCUACAGGCUCGGUCACUUCCUCAAGGGCUCGUCCGCUACCAUCGGCCUCAUCAAGGUCCGCGACGCAUGCGAAAAGAUCCAGCGCUACGGGAAGCUCGAGAACCUCGACGGAACGCCGAACCAAGACAAGGAGCAGAUGCUAGAAAAGAUUGAGAAGACGACGAGCAUUCUCAAGUCCGAAUACUCUCGAGCCGAAAAGGGCCUGAGGGCAUUCUACGCCCAGUUCGGCGAGUAA